AAAAGGUGAAAAAGUGUCUGUCUGCCUCAACCUUGCAGGUCAGGGGUCCAAAGUCCUCCAGAGGGUCACAAAUGGCCCCCGGGCCGCACUUUCGACACCCCUGUCGUAUGUGUCGCUGUUCGGGUUUCUCUGCGCUGUCACUUUAAACCAUCAUUCGGUUCCUCAGUGGUCUAAGUAGAGAGUUCAUAAAGAAGAUAACGGGCCAGAAAUACGUCACGCCUUUACGCUAGUUUUUUUUUUUUUUUUUUUUGUCAUAAACGCAGCUGAGCCAUAAACGCAGACUGCCCUCCUUUCUUUGAACGCACCAGUUGAUCUCCGCUGUGGAGCUGAGAGCGCCUCGUCAAAACCCAGCGUCGGACACGUUGACCAGCGCCGCAUAAAGAGAAGGAGAAGAAGAAACGACGCAUGCCUUCAUAUACCGGAUUAUAUGUCAGUCUGAUUUCUAUUUUCACCGGAAUAACUUGCCCGUGCCUCCGAGCGGUCGCGCUCCCUCAUGAAACGGCACAGGAUCGUUAUAUAAGGCGGAUAGCGGUCCGAGAUGAGAGCGCGUCUCUGACAGCGUAGCGGCAACAAUAGUGUGGCCGGGCUGCGUGCCCCCGUGUCUGCGCUCGGCUUAAAGGCCAAUUUAUUCACCCGCUAAUGUCCCGCUAACACCGGGGAAGCUGCUUCCUCCUCUGCGUUGUCCGUUUGAUUUAUUGUAAGCUAGGCGGCUAACCUGCCGCAGAUGAGCCGCGUGCGUAGCGGAAUGAUGAGCGGGAUGAACCACCAAGCUGCCGCAGAUGGGUCAAAUUAACUCCAAGAAACCCUUCCUGUAAUUUGGCGUGGUUAUAAUUUCUAUUUAAAUUUUAAUCACCGCCUUUGGUUUGAUCUGGCCCCGGAGAUUUUUCCAAUAAAAGAGCAAAGAAUGGGCCUAUGUCUUAAUUUGGGAAACAAAAAAUUAGGCGCCUAAAGAGGGGAUAAGCUUGUUAGAUAAGCUUGCUCUGGGUGCUUUAUUGAGCCAACAAGCCUAGUGAGCGGUCAGUCUGGACUCCCUCUGCUCCUCUGCUGGAGGCAUCUCUCCGGGUUUUUACCUUCUCUGUUGUCACAGCGAUGGGCAGCGCUGGGCCGGUGGAGGUCGAGCCCAUGCCGGGGUACUGGGAGCUCAUCACCAGAGGCUCUAGCGCCAUGCUGGGCGCAUGGAGGGACUGUAGCCACUGCGGUCUGGAGUUCUCCAAACGGACCCUCCUGGAUAACGCAUACAUCACCUGGACCGAAAUCGCCCUCUUUUUCUUUUGCGCCUUUUUGUGGACGAUAAUCAGGAAGAGACUGACAGAAAGCCUGUUUAAGCCUCUUGCACAGUGGUGCAGGCUGAUGCCCAAAGAUGCUGCCAAGAUGCCAGAGAGUGCGUGGAAGCUGGUCUUCUACACCAUGUCAUGGUCCUACAGCACCUACCUGCUCUUCUUCUCCUCCUACUCCUUCUUCAACGACCCGCCCUCCGUCUUCUACAACUGGAAGAGUGGUAUGAGAGUGCCUACAGACAUCGCCAUAGCCUACCUGAUCCAGGGCAGCUUCUACGGCCACUCCAUCUACGCCACCGUCAACAUGGACACAUGGAGGAAGGACUCUGCUGUCAUGGUGGUGCAUCACAUCAUCACCCUGGCUCUCAUUAGCUUCUCCUACGCCUUCAGGUACCACAACGUGGGCAUCCUGGUGUUGUUCCUGCACGACAUCAACGACGUCCUGCUGGAGUUCACCAAGCUCAACGUCUACCUGAAGGCCAGAGGAGGCGGGCACCACCUGCUCAACGACGUUCUGUCCAACAUGGGCUCCGUCAGCUUCAGCGUCACUUGGUUCUGGUUCCGACUCUACUGGUUCCCUCUUAAAGUGCUGUACGCCACGUGUGUGUCCAGCAUCCAAUCUGUCCCCAACAUCCCCUUCUACUUCUUCUUCAACGCCCUGCUCUUCGCCCUGCUGCUCAUGAAUAUCUACUGGUUCCUGUUUAUUGUGAUUUUCGUGGUGAAGCUGCUGAAGGUGAAGGAGGUGAACGACGUGAGGGAGUACGAAGACGAGGACGCCAGGAAGGCAGCAGAGGAGCUGCUGAAAGACGCAGAAAACAACGAUGAUGAUGCUGGACAUCACAACUCAGCCCAAAGGAAGCACGUACAGAACGGAGUUACCAAGGACAAGCAUCUAUAACAGGCUCUCCGGUGCCCCCUCCUGGCUCCGGACUGCACCUGCAGGCCCUCCUCGGACAGCAGACGUUCGACACGUGACCGGACGGGAAAGAGCAUCACAACCACAAAACAAAAAGAAAGAAACGAGAAGAAGAGAAGGGAAAGUUAGGGUACAAUCAGUUUAUAUUUUGUAUUUGUUUUAGAGCAUUUUAUUUUCAGUUUUAUUUUAUUAGAGCACUGUGAAUGUCAUUUCAGCUGACUUCCUGUCUUGCUGUUGUCAGCUUGACAUUUGAUAGAUCUGUAGGAAGGGAACCUUCUUGAGAGAGGGACGGAGGAUAGGAGACAGUUUAGAUCUGUUCUCAUGUCUUCGAAUAACCUGUAGGAUCCAAGGAAACAAGCAACAGCAGCGUCAGGUUGGGGGUUAUCUGUUUAGUCGUUCUUCCCUCUCCACUUCUUUAACUUUCCCGUCCAUCCGCUCCGACUUAUUGUACAAGAAGAAACGAGGGAUUAUCGCUGCUAAUCCUUCACCUGCUUCCCAAUUUCCUGCGUCCAUUCAUUUAACCUGAGAGGCCAGAGGCGGCGUUUGCAUAUUUUAGGACUUUUAAACAUAAACCAUUUAUUUCAUGACACUUCUGACCCACAUGAACUUUGAAUAUUCCCUUGGAUUCCUCUCCAGAAAGCGCUCCUUUUUCCUUUUUUUUUUUUUUUUUUUUUUUUCUGUGCUGCUUUGUCUCUGUAUGGACUACAUGGCAUCUGUUGCUGCACUGACAUGAAGGCAUACAAGCUCACUGCUGGUUUAAUGACAGCAAACAGCUAGAAUUGAUUGACUAGGUCUUUAUCGCAAUUUGAUUUCUAGAGAUUUCUAAUAUCUGUGCAAUAUUUAAUGAUAUCCAAUGUGUCCAGGUGACAGACGGCGGUGGAAAAAUCCUCAUAAUCAAAAACGCAACGUAUGCACUCGCUCUACUAUUCAGGAAUGCAUGAAGUCAGAAUGAUUUUUGGAAAUGUGUGAAGUAUUUUUCACAAACCUUUUAGCUAUAUCGCCAAUAACUAAAACUGCUCUUUGAAGUGACUGAAGUCCUAACAUACAAGUCAGUAUUUUACACAUUCUCCCAGCGGCACCUAAACGCAUCUUCUGGACAAAAUGUGAUCAAACUAUACACUGGAGAAAAUAAGCGUUGUCCGUAUUUUCAUGAAAUGUAUUUUUAAUGGUGUUGUUAGCAUGUAAUUCACAUCGGAUUUCGGUAACAACCCAAUUAAUCCACACUUACAGAGAAAUAAACACGUAUUAAUCUGAUAAUUAGGUCACGUGUGACAAAGUGGAGUGCCAAAAAAAAAAAAAGGUUUAAAAUGCAAAAAUGCUGAAAUCUGUUAGUAUUUAGAAAGUAAUUUAUGGCCUCUAGAAAUGUUUCUCAUUUGCAAAGUGUUGAAAGGUCUCUGCAGCCUUUUUACAGGAAAUUAUACGGCUGACAUUUGUUAUAAACAAGAGAGAAUAUCUAACCAGAACCUUGAGGAUUUUAACUAGUUUGAAAGAAUGGAUCAAAACCAUGUAGCUACUCCAUACAGGAGACUCUGUGAAGACUUUUCUGUUUCCUAUUUAUUAUCCGUGUCAUUCCACUAAAUUGAUUUUAUUCCCUUUACAUGUUAUUACCCACAUCUGGGUUGAGUCACCUUAAGAAUAUAUGCGGCGUAAUAACGUUUUCCGUGUUCAGUGCUCAUUUUUCCAGCUGUAUAGGAUGCACAUCUAGAAACCAGAAGUAAUCAGAAUUUCAACAUUUUUUUCAAAAACUUGAACCAUAAAUUGAAAACCAAAGAGGAAUCAUUUCCUGAGGUGCCCUCUGGUUUACUGCAUGCCUGUAGAAGAAAAUAAGGAAUGUUUCCACUUUGUCUACCUUCUCGAUCAAAUUCCAGCUCUUGUUUGGAGGAACAGCAUGCUUGUGCUGCUUGAGCAGGCCGCAGAUGUUGGAUAAUCCGCCGGCGGUGGGGACGCUCACUUUCGUUCCUGUCUUCCAUCAUCCUCAGUGUUUCAGGAAAAUUGAGGCUUAUCUUGAAAUGUUUUCUUUAAAUUAUGAUUAUUGUUGCUGUAGUUAAUUUGAUGUUUGUAAUUUUUUUUCUUCUUCUUCGUUGAAUUGCUGCUGUUUUUAUCUCUGAGAGCACUGUUUGUAUUCCAGAUUUUUUUGUUGUCGUUUGUUUUCUGCCGAUGUCGGUGACAGUCAUGUGAUCAGGGGACCACCGCUCACCUCUGUCUGGACCAACAUCUGGAUUCAGCCUCUGAUCCGUUCCUGUUGAUCAUUCUCUGAUUACUGUAGUACAUCUGUGCUGUAGACAACACGGUCCGCCUGUUGCUCACCUUCCUGCUCAGCUCUGAUACUCUAAUCUGUUUCUCAUUUAAUGACAGCAGUAAUCCCAGUGUGAGUCACAAACCCUGAAAUCUGUGAUCCGGAUUGUCACUACAUCAGAGGGCUGCGACGAGAUGAGCAAAACAACAAACUUUCUCUAGAAGAGGCCACUACCUGUCUAGAUGGUUUCGGUCAUUAUUGCUCCUCGGGGUUUGUGGACAAUUUUGAAAAUCUUUACUCUUUUGAAGGUUUUGAGAUGCUGACAUUGGCAGCGCCUGGUAAAUAUGUGCAAAAAGCCUUGAAAUAAAUUAAUCCUUCAUUGCAAUCGCAUAUUUAUUCAGAUGGGGGGUAGGGGGAGGAAUCCCAUGUGUAGAAAUAAUUGUAUCAAAAACUGUGGAUCUAGAUUUUUUUCUAGAUCUGUUGGUGAACCACUCCCGUUUAUCAGAUUUUUUGUGAAAAUCUUAUAUUUUAAAGAUCUCAUGCUGUACGCACUCCAACAGUCCACUGGGCUCUUUAGAAGAGAAACAGACUCAAAGCAUCACAGAUCCUCCACCGUGCUUUACAGUGGAAAUCAGAGGCUGUUUCACAAUUACACUUUGUUUUAAUCCAGACCAAUGUGGAGUUUCCUGACCAAAUGCAGUUUAGCAAAUUGUAAGUUGACAUAAUAUCCUAUUUAUCCCCCAAGAAAACUGCACAAAAAAAAUUAAUUAAAUUUAUUUCUAAGAGAAAUAGGAGGAUCAAUACAUCAGGCACCAGUGGCUUUGUUCAAAAUAUAUAUAUAUAUUUUUUUCCUGACUUAAUAUUUUCAGUGUGAUAUGUACUAAAAUAUCACAUUAUUUUAAGGCUUUUUACACAUCUUUACAAGAGGUGCCAAGAACUGUAGCCUGCACUAUAAAUGAUUUUUAAAAAUACAGCCAAGAAUUGAGAUUCCUAUGAUCCUAAACAAAGAAAAAGACUUAAAAACAAGAUGAUUCACGUGUGUAGCUCACGUUUACAUAUUGAACAUUUGACAGUCUGAAUUCGACACCUAGUGUAAUAAAAGCUGAUCUAGGGGUUUCCUGAAGUAACAAAUCAAAUACAUGCUUACGUCCACAGCACACGUGGUGGAUUUUUGCAUGUUCCUGACAUGUUUCCAAAACAUCGGGAUCGGACGGAAAUGUUCAAACAAUGCACUCUUAACGAAACCACGUUGUGCAUGAUUUGGCAUCUGCAGAUCUAAUCUCAGAUCAUAACAGUGGACGCUGCGUUAACACGAUUUAAGAAGUGGCAUUCUUUUGUUUUAAGUUCAGCUCUGCAGGAAUAAGUUGGAAGGGAAAAUCUUUUGUGAAGACAUUUCGAGCUGAAAUAAUUUACCUGAUGAAAUCAAAGCUCAGUCCAAAUUUUGUUACCGUUAAAUAUGAAAUUUUGCACAGAAACUGUGACAUUGAGUAUGGAAAGUGAGUCAGCUCCACCAGUGCUUCAGUUGUGCCAAAAAAAAUAUCUACUGAAACAAUAAAGGGCAGUGUGGGAGUUGGUGAUUGAAGCUGAGGAGCUGGUUGAGCGUCGGGCACAGAAGCCCUGUGGGUCGUUUAAUUGAAUCCAUUUCUAUUGCUUAUUAUUAGAUUAAAACAAAGAAAAAGGGAGCAAUUGAGACUUUUUACCAUGACUGAAGGAUCAUUGAUUAAAUGAGGCGUUGGAAUGCAUUUUACUGAUUUUCUUUGGACCACUGGUGAACACUGUAAACUGCAAAGAUUAAGAAAAAAAUAGUUUCCCCCAACUUUUCCCAGUCUGAAUUCGACCACUUUUUGAAACACUUAAGAAAUCUGUAUUUGCUCUUUUGUAAUACAGUUUUAAUACCAUUCAGCCAAUGUUUCAUUUUGUUCUCAUGAAAUAAACAAUGUCAGACAA